GCGGCGGGAGAGCCGCGGAGAGCCGAGGCGCGGGCCGGGAUGCAGGGCGGCGGCGAGCAGCCGGCCGGCCGCUGCUUUCCUGAUUGACGCCGGACGGGAGUCCCGAUGAUCCGCUGACUCCGCGCACCCGGGUCCUCGGGGAGAGCCUGCGAUGUCCCAGGCCAGGGAUUAUGACUGUGAGAGCCACGAUGCUGCUGCGCAGGAGCCCCGCCUCUCGGGAUCGAGCACCAGGCUGGAGUGGGUGGAGAUCAUCGAGCCGCGCACCCGCGAACGCAUGUAUGCCAACCUGGUCACUGGUGAGUGCGUGUGGGACCCUCCUACCGGAGUCCGCAUCAAGCGCACCAGCGAGAACCAGUGGUGGGAGCUGUUUGACCCCAACACAUCUCGCUUCUACUACUACAAUGCUACCACCCAGCGCACCGUGUGGCACCGGCCACAGGACUGUGACAUCAUCCCCCUGGCCAAGCUGCAGACCCUGAAGCAGAACACCGAGUCACCCCGUGCCUCUGCAGAAAACAGCCCCGGGAGGGGCAGCAGCGUCAGCCGUGAGGGGAGCACCAGCUCCUCCCUGGAGCCGGAGCUGGAUGUCAGCGAGAAGGCACAGGAGCCUUCAGGGCGGGCUAGCCGCCAGGCCACUUUUGGGGCUCUGCAGGAAGAAAGCGGCAGUUCUUCACCACCAGGAGUGUUCCUUGAGAAGGACUAUGAGAUUUACCGGGAUUAUAAUGUAGAUGGCCAGCUUCUUCACUACAGGACCUCCUCGCUUCGGUGGAACUCGGGCACCAAGGAGCGCAUGCUCAUCAAGGUCGCUGACCGGGAGCCCAGCUUCCUGGCGUCGCAGGGCAACGGCUACGCCCUGGAGGGCCAGGCCGGCCGCACCCGCCGGCCGUCGGGGGGGCCGCACUCGCCCAGCCUGCAGCAGUUCGCGCCGGAGCCCGACGGCCCCGUGUUCUUCCCCGAGCGGAGGCCGUCGCCCUUCCUGAAGAGGGCCGAGCUGGGGAGCUGCUCCCCGCUGCUGGCGCAGCCGCGCAAAGCUGCCGGCGACUCGCAGCCGUCGUCCCCACGCUACGCCUAUGAGCCACCGCUGUACGAGGAGCCCCCCGUGGAGUACCAGGCGCCCAUCUACGACGAGCCCCCCAUGGACGUGCAGUACGAGGCCGGCGCCUACCCGGCCGGCUCGCCACAGCGGUCCCCGGGCCGCAAGCCCACCGCCUUCCCGCCGUCGCCCAAGCAGGGCCCCGCGUCGCCCUACCAGCAGCUGGUGCUCACCCGCCAGAAGUGCCCCGAGCGCUUCCUGAGCCUGGAGUACAGCCCUGCGGGCAAGGAGUACGUGCGGCAGCUGGUGUAUGUGGAGCAGGCGGGCGCCAGCCCCAAGCUGCGGGCCGGCCCGAGGCCCAGGUUCGCAGCCAGCCCCAGCGGCGGCUCGCUGCCCCUGCAGCCCGGGCCCUGCCCGCUGCGUGGCCCGCGCCCGGGGCCCCCCCCGGGGGACUACAGCAGCAUGGAGGGAGCCGAGCUGCGGGCCGCGCAGGAUGAUGCCAUGUCCUGGUCCAGCCAGCAGGACACCAUGUCCUCCGGCGGCUACUCGCCGGGCACACGCAAGAGGAAGAGCAGGAACCCGUCUCUGUGCCACGGCCCCGCCGACGGCCCCGGGGACCACGAUGUCCUGGGCGAGCAGCCGCCGGCCGAGGAGCGGGCGCCGUGCGGCCCCGGCCUGGGCGCCGGGAAGCGAGCCGAGGGCAAGACGGCAGAGGCUGAGCCGUUCCUGGCGCAGGCACGCCUGGCCUGGGAGGCGCAGCAGGCCCACUUCCACAUGAAGCAGCGAGGCAGCUGGGACUCCCAGCAGGACGGCUCGGGCUACGAGAGCGACGGGGCCGUGCCGCUGCCCAUGCCUGGGCCUGUGGUGCGCGCCUUCAGCGAGGACGAGGCCCUGGCGCAGCAGGAGAGCAAGCACUGGCAGAGGGGCGCCUUGGAGAGGCUGGCCUUCCCCCAGAUCCUCCUCGAGAAGAGCGUCUCGGUGCAGACCAACCUGGCCUCGCCGGAGCCCUACCUUCACCCCUCGCAGUCUGAGGACCUCGGCUCCUGCGCCCAGUUUGAGAGUAGCCGGCAGGCCCGCAGUGUGAUGCCCAGUGCCAGCUGCGUGUUCCCCACCUUCACACUGCGUAAGCCGUCCUCGGAGACCGACAUCGAGAACUGGGCCUCCAAGCACUUCAACACACACACGCAGGGCCUCUUCCGACGGAAGGUGUCCAUCGCCAACAUGCUGGCCUGGAGCAGUGAGUCCAUCAAGAAACCCAUGAUCGUGACCAGCGACCGCCACGUGAAGAAGGAGGCCUGUGAGAUCUUCAAACUGAUCCAGAUGUACAUGGGCGACCGGCGCGCCAAGGCCGACCCCCUGCAUGUGGCCCUGGAGAUCGCCACCAAGGGCUGGAGCGUGCAGGGGCUGCGGGACGAGCUCUAUAUCCAGCUGUGCCGGCAGACCACGGAGAACUUCCGCCUCGAGAGCCUAGCCCGCGGCUGGGAGCUCAUGGCCAUCUGCUUGGCCUUCUUCCCGCCCACACCCAAAUUCCACUCCUACCUGGAGGGCUACAUCUACCGGCACAUGGACCCCGUCAAUGACACCAAAGUGACGCAGCAUAUGAGAGCGCUCCUGGAAAGGAACAGUAAGAAGAAGCCCAAGUUGAGAAAGAAACCCAAGCCUUAUGUUGAGGAGCCGGAUGGGGUGGCGAUAAGCACGUAUGCCAAGUACUGUUACCACAAGCUGCAGAAGGCGGCCCUCACCGGAGCCAAGAAGGGGCUGAAGAAGCCCAAUGUGGAGGAGAUCCGGCACGCCAAGAAUGCUGUGUUCAGCCCGUCCAUGUUUGGCAGUGCCCUGCAGGAGGUCAUGAGCAUGCAGAAGGAGCGAUACCCUGAUCGGCAGCUGCCCUGGGUACAAACACGUCUGUCUGAGGAGGUGCUAGCGCUCAACGGCGACCAGACGGAAGGCAUCUUCAGAGUGCCCGGGGACAUUGAUGAGGUGAACGCCCUGAAGCUGCAGGUGGACCAGUGGAAGGUGCCCACAGGCCUGGAGGAUCCCCACGUCCCUGCUUCGCUACUGAAGCUGUGGUACCGGGAGUUGGAGGAGCCCCUGAUCCCGCACGAGUUCUACGAGCAGUGCAUCGCGCACUACGAGAGCCCCGAGGCCGCCGUGGCUGUGGUGCACGCGCUGCCCCGCAUCAACCGCCUGGUGCUGUGCUACCUCAUCCGCUUCCUUCAGGUGUUCGUGCAGCCCGCCAACGUGGCCAUCACCAAGAUGGACGUCAGCAACCUGGCCAUGGUGAUGGCGCCCAACUGCCUGCGCUGCCGGUCGGACGACCCGCGCGUCAUCUUCGAGAACACUCGCAAGGAGAUGUCGUUCCUGCGCGUGCUCAUCCAGCACCUGGACACCAGCUUCAUGGAGGGCGUGCUAUAGCACGGGGGCCCUAGGACCGCGGUGGGGAGCGCAGGGGAGCACGCGGGGAGGGGGGAGGGAACGCCCCGGC